GCGGAGCCGCCGCUGGUUCCCAGCCGGGCCGGCCCCGGGCAUGGCUUCCCGGGAGCGCCUCUGCGAGCUCUGGAUGCUCUACUUCGCCAAGAAGGACCUGUCCUACCUGCAGCAGUGGCUGGAGGCCUUCGUCAGCAGCUUCGAGAGGGUCAUCGCCCUGCCCUCGCUGCAGCCCCGCAGGCCGGAGGAUCCGGGCUCGGAGAUCCCGGCGCUGCCGCGGGAGGUGCUGCAGGUGCUGAGCCAGCGGCUGGGACACAGCGUGGCCGCGGGGACGCGCGACGGCGAGCGCGGAGCGGGGCUGGGCCAGGCCCUGCUGCUCCUCAAGUUCUUCAGCAUCAUCUGCAGGAACCUGGAGAACGUUCAGCCCGACCGGAGCCCCGGCUGCCUCCCGCACGCGCUGCGGCUGCUGCGGCUCUGCGGGAGACAGCUGCGGAGCAUCCCGGGAGACGAGCGGAGCCAAGUGCAGCAGGAAAACGGGACACAGCUGGAAAACGGGACACAGCUGGAAAACGGGACACACCUGGAAAACCGGACACAGCUGGAGAAGGGGACACAUCUGGAAAAUGGGACACAGCUGGAAAACCGGACACAGCUGGAAAACCGGACACAGCUGGAAAACGGGAUGCUUCACGCCCUGCACCUCUGCGAGUGCUUCCUCGACCCCUACCAGACCUGGCGUCGGCAGCUGAGCGGGGAAUCCAUCAGCGCCAAGGAGAAGAGCAAAUACAAGUUCGCCCCCGCCCCGCUGCCCCCCGAGUUCGGUGCCUUUUUCCAAGAGAGUUUCCAAGCUGGGAAGCAGCUCCCAGAAACGAUCCAGCUCCGGAUUAUCCAUCUUUUUGGAGCCAUCCUCUCCGGAUCCAAGCCCAACGCGCUCCAGGCCAUCACUCCGGCGGCGCUGGAAGCGCUCCUGGGGGUUCUGCGGCGGGGCGGCAGCGGGACCCCCCCGUCCCCCGCGCUGCUGGAGGCCACGCUGCGCUCCGUGGUGGCCGCGGUCCACGUCCUGCACGGCUCCAGCCCCGGCGCCGGCCCCGUGUCCCUGCGGAGCCUCCUGGACGGAUACUUCAGGGUGCUCAACUCCGACCUCCCCGCGGCGUCCCUGGAGCCCGAGGCGGCCGGCGGGCUCAUCGCCCUGCGGGUGCUCAUGUUGGAUGCCAUCCCGGCCAUGCUGAGCUGCCAGGACCGGCCGGUGCUCCAGGCCGUGUUCCUCAGCAACAACUGCUUCGAGCACAUCAUCCGCCUGCUCCAGAACAGCAAGCUCUACCUCGGCGGCUCGCGGGAGGCGGGUGAAGCCCGGGACGAGGUUCCCACACGGAACGGGGAUGAACUCCAGCAGGUCAACGCCGGCAGCUCUGACGCCAUCGCUGUCCACGCCCUGGGCGUGCUCACGGCCAUCAUGAGCAACUCGCCCUCCGCCAAGGAGGUGUUCAAGGAGCGCAUCGGCUACGCCCACCUCUACGAGGUGCUGAGGAGCCAGGGCCAGCCCACCCAGCGUCUGCUCCAGGAGCUCCUCAACAUGGCAGUGGAGGGUGACCACAGCUCCUUCCCAGUGCGUCCCAUCCGCAACGAGCAGCCCCUGCUGAUCCUGCUGGCCUGGCUGCCGGCGCUGGAAUGCCGGGAUCUCCAGGUCUUCCUGUCGGCGUGGCUGCGGCGCCUCUGCGAGGCCUCCCUGCCCAGCCGCCUCACCUGCGUCAAGGCGGGCAUGGUGGGCUCCCUGCUGGCCGCCCUGGCCACCGAGCCGGCGCUUCCCGGUGCCUGCUCCCAAAACCUGCUGGAGCUGCUGCGCUCCUUGGGCAGCCUCUCCAUCCGGCCCGGGGAGCUGCGGCAGCUCCUGCGGCUGCUGCGGCGCGAGCGGGGCCGGGGGCCGCAUCCCUACGUGGCUCCGGUCAUCCGGGCGUUGUCCGGCAUGGCCAGGGGCGAGGGGCCUCCCCGGGCCCUGCAGAGCUUCGACCUGAGCCCCGGCAUGGCCGGCAUCAUGGUGCCCACCAUCCAGAAAUGGCCUGGCGGCGCCUUCGCCUUCCACGCCUGGCUGUGCCUGAGCGAGGAGGAGCCGGAGCCGCCGGUGAGGCCCAAGAGGAGGCAGCUCUACAGCUUCUUCACGGCGGGCGGGACAGGCUUUGAGGCGUUCUUCACCACGGGUGGCGUGCUGGUGGUGGCCGUGUGCACCAAGAAGGAUUACAUGACGGUGGCACUGCCGGAGUUCGCCUUCAACGACUCGGCUUGGCACUGCGUUGACAUCGUCCACGUUGCCGGCCGCCGGCCCUUCGGCCAGAACGUCGUCAGCAUCUACGCCGACGGACACCUGCGGAAAACGGCGCAGCUCCGCUUCCCGUCCCUGCACGAGUCCUUCACCUCCUGCUGCAUCGGCUCCGCGGGCCACCGGACCACCACGACGGCCGCCACCGCUGCCGGGCACCCGCCGGCAUCCCACGGGCCGGAGCUGGUCUUCCCCCAGCACCCCGUGCUGGGACGCUCCCAGUCUGUCCCAGCCACCCUCGGGCCCCACUCCUGGACCCCCACCCAGCUGCCCACGGAGGGGGUGGUGGCCACCACGGCAGCUGGAAGCCAGGACACGGAGUGGGGCAGCCCCACCUCGCUGGAAGGUCACCUGGGCUCCGUGGCCAUCUUCUGCGAGGCCCUGCAGCAAACCCAGGUCAAGGCUCUCUUCUGUGCAGGACCAAAUGUCACAUCCCCGUUCACUCUGGAAGGUGACCUGGUGGAGCUCAGCAGUAAACUCCUGCUGUACUACACCCCCCAGGCCUGCAGGAACAACAUCUGCUUGGACCUCUCUCCCAGCCACGGCUUGGACGGGAGGCUGACCGGACACAAGGUGGUCAACUGGGACAUCAAGGACGUGGUCAACUGCGUGGGUGGGAUGGGGGUACUCCUGCCCCUGCUCGAGCAAGUGGUGUCCAAGACAGAGGAGCCCGAGGAUGAGCAGGAGACCAACGAGCUGGUGGGGCCGGAGCUGACGUCCUCCAGGAAUGCCCAGGGCAUGCUCAUCCCUCUGGGGAAGUCCUCAGAGAGCAGGCUGGAGAGGAACAGCGUGGCCGCCUUCCUGCUGCUGGUGAAGAACUUCCUGAGGAACCACGCCGUGAACCAGGAGAGCCUGGUGCAGUGCCACGGGCCGGCCAUCAUCGGAGCGCUGCUGCACAAGGUCCCCGGCACGCUGCUGGACAUGAGCACCUUGGUGGCCUCGCAGAUCCUCAUGGAGCAGGUGGCUUCCGAGGGCAGCGGGCUCCUGCUGCACCUCCUCUACCAGCACCUCCUCUUCGACUUCCGCAUCUGGAGCAACAGCGACUUCGCCGUGCGCUUAGGUCACAUCCAGUACCUGGCCAGCGUGGUCAAGGACCACAAGCAGCGCGUCCGCAGGAAGUACGGGGUGCAGUUCAUCCUGGACUCCAUCCGGACCUACUACAGCACCUCCGGGGAGAAGACCACGGCCACCGACGACAUCAGGACAGUGCAGACGUCCCUUUUCAGCCUGGUGAAGGACUUCUUCUGCAGGAGCUUCUCCGGGGAGGAGAUGCAGAGCUUGCUGAACUACCUGGCUGGGGCACAGGACGAGCAGCAGGUCUGUGGGGCGCUGGAGGUGAUCCACAGCCUGCUGAAGGGUUCCCCAGCCCAGGAGCAGCUCUUCGCCUUCCUCUUCGAGCCGGGCCACGUGGAGCUGCUCUUCUCCCUGCUGGUGCAGAAGAAGUUCUCGGAUGAAGUGCGGGAAAGGGUCUUCAAGAUCCUCUACAAGAUGCUGAAGUACGAGAAGGUCCCCGAGCGCAGCAAGAGCCGCCUGAAGCUGAAGGACAUCGGGUACCACGGGCUCAUCUCCUGCCUCAGCGACGUUCCCGGCUCCAUGCUGCUCUUCCGCUGCCUCUCGGAGCAGGUCCUGGGGGCAGACCCUCCCAACUACAAGGACCUGGUGGCCGUGGUGUACCUGUCCCACCGGGCUGAGCUGAGCAUCCGGCUCGACAUCUGCCGCAAGCUCUUCCACCUGAUCUACGCGCAGCAGGACCUGGUGAAGCAGUUGGCCAGGUUGGCCAGCUGGCAGGACACGCUCACCAAGCUCUACGUGAAGGAGUCCUAUGAGUGCCGCCAGCACAGCCUGAGCACCGCCGGCUGCCCGGAGCUGCUGCGCCUGUCCGAGCCCUCCGGCAAGGACAGGAUGAGCCCACCACCCGCCGAGCUCCAGGAGCUCGACGUCUUCCUCCCGCUGGGAUACGAGGCCUCGGACCAGGAGCUCUCCGAGGGCUUCUCUGACCACUCCAUCUCCCCGAGCGGUCGCACCAAGUCCUUCCACUCCUACAACUUCAAGUCCUUCGACUCCUCGGACCGGGCCAGCCGCUCGUCGUCCAACCCCGGGGACGGUCCCCCCUUCGACGGCGUCUACCACCCGCUGUCCCCCUUCUCCACCUCACCCUUCGACCUGGGGCUGGACCUGGCCAGCACCAGCUCCAUGGCCACGGCCGAGAGCGGCACCCAGACCCCGGCCAGCGGCCCCGGCACCCCCUCGCCCCUGGAGAGCUUCAAGCCCUUCCCGGGAAUGCGAGCGCGCAAGAGCUCCAGCCUGUCCAACGUCCUGGAUGAGAGCAGCUACCAGGACGCGCUGCCCAGUGACAACAUCUCCAACACCAGCAACCCCCAGCAAACCCCCGAGGAGGAGCUGUGCAACCUGCUGACCAACAUCAUCUUCUCGGUGACGUGGCGCGGGGUGGAGGGCUGGGACGACGCAGCCUGGAGGGAGCGCGGCCAGGUCUUCUCCGUGCUCACCAAGCUGGGCACAGCCUGCGAGCUGGUGCGGCCCCCGGACGAGAUCAAGCGCAGCCUGCUGGAGAUGAUGCUGGAGUCGGCGCUGACCGACCUGAAGGAGUCGGGCACGGCCGCGCUGCCCGGGCUCACCCACAACGCCCUCAAGCUGCUGCGGCUGCUGCAGGAUUUCCUCUUCUCCGAGGGACACAACAACCAGGCCCUGUGGAGCGAGAAGAUCUACGAGGGUGUCAGCAGCCUGCUGGACAAGCUGGGCGUGUGGCACCACCUGUCCAACGGCUCCUCCGACCUGAGGGAGAUGGCGCAGACGGGGCUGCGGGUGCUCCUCGGGUACAUCCUGCUGCAGGACCCCCAGGUGGGUCACCCCUCCCCGGGCACCGCGCCGGCCCCGCGCCGGCCCCGCCUGACCUCCGUGUCCCCCCAGCUGCACUCGCUGGCCUACGUCAAGCUGCACAGCCUCCUGCAGACCACCUCGGCCCCGCGGAGGGACGAGGCCUGCUACCUGCUGGGGAAGCUGGAGACGCCCCUGCGGCGCUCCCUGGAUUCCAGGUCGGAGGCCUUCUCCUGGUUGGUGCCCAUCAUCCGCACGCUCAUGGAUCAGUGCUACGAGACCCUGCAGCUGCAGCAGUUCCUGCCCUCGCUGCCCCCCACCAACGGCAGCCCCACCUUCUACGAGGAUUUCCAGCUCUUCUGCAGCACCCCGGAGUGGAGGGGCUUCAUCGAGAAGCACGUGCAGCCCACCAUGGCCCAGUUUGAGAUGGACACGUUUGCCAGGAGCCACGACCUGAUGUCCAAUUUCUGGAACGCCUGUUACGAUGCCAUGAUGAGCAGCUCCCAGCGCCGGGAGCAGGAGAAGGCGGCCAGCCGCAAGUUGUUCCAGGAGCUGGUGCUGGAGCCGGUGGCGAAGCGCUGCAAGGCGGAGAACGCCCGUCACGCCAACGUCCUCAAGCAGGCCAACAACCACCACAGCACCGUGCUCAAGCAGUGGCGGUCCCUGUGCCGCCUGCUCACCUCGCCCCGCUCCGCCUGGGCCGACCGGAACCCACCGGAGGUUCGCUGGAAGCUGUCAAGUGCUGAGACCUACUCCCGGAUGAGGCUGAAGCUGGUGCCCAACCUCAAUUUCGACCAGCACUUGGAGGCCAGCGCCCUACGGGACAAUCUGGGAGCUGACCACCUCCAGAACCCCACUGAGUCCCUCCCGCUCGCCAUGGCCAAGGAGGCCAAGGUGAGCGAGCUGGAGGAUGACCAGCUGGCCGAGGAGGACCUCCCUGUCCUGGACAACCAGGCUGAGCCCAAGGAGCAGAACCAGCGGGAGAAGCUGGUGGUGUCGGAGGACUGCGAGCUCAUCACCACGGUGGCCGUGGUCCCUGGACGCCUGGAGGUGACAACCCAGCACGUUUAUUUCUACGACGGCAGCGGCGAGAAGGAGGAGACGGAGGGAGGGAUCGGCUACGACUUCAAGCGCCCCUUGUCCCACCUGCGCGAGGUCCACCUGCGCCGCUACAACCUGCGCCGCUCCGCCCUCGAGCUCUUCUUCAUCGACCAGGCCAACUACUUCCUCAACUUCAGGAAGAAGGUGAGGAACAAGGUGUAUUCCUGCAUCCUCGGCCUGCGGCCCCCCAACCAGACCUAUUUCGGCAGCCGGUCCCCCCAGGAGCUGCUCAAAGCCUCGGGGCUCACACAGAAAUGGGUCCUGCGGGAGAUCUCCAACUUCGAGUACCUCAUGCAGCUGAACACCAUCGCGGGGCGCACCUACAACGACCUGUCCCAGUACCCCGUGUUCCCCUGGAUCCUGCGGGAUUACGUCUCGGAGACCCUGGACCUCACCAACCCGGCCGUGUUCCGGGACCUGUCCAAGCCCAUCGGGGUGGCCAACGAGCGGCACGCCCGCGACGUCAAGGAGAAGUACGAGAGCUUCGAGGACCCCACGGGCACGGUGGACAAGUUCCACUACGGCACUCACUACUCCAACGCCGCCGGGGUGAUGCACUACCUGAUCCGCACCGAGCCCUUCACCACCCUCCACAUCCAGCUGCAGAGCGGCAGGUUUGACUGCUCGGACCGGCAGUUCCACUCGGUGCCGGCGGCCUGGCAAGCCCGCAUGGAGAACCCGGUGGAUGUCAAGGAGCUCAUCCCGGAGUUCUUCUACUUCCCGGAGUUCCUGGAGAACCAGAACGGCUUUGACCUGGGCUGCCUCCAGCUCUCCAAUGAGAAGGUCGGGGACGUGGUGCUGCCGCGCUGGGCGCGCUCCCGCGAGGAUUUCAUCCAGCAGCACCGCAAAGCCCUGGAGUCGGAAUAUGUCUCCGCCCACCUCCACGAGUGGAUCGACCUCAUUUUUGGGUACAAGCAGCGCGGCCCGGCCGCCGUGGAGGCCCUCAACGUCUUCUACUACUGCACCUACGAGGGGGCCGUGGACCUGGACGCCAUCACCGACGAGACGCAGCGCAAGGCUCUGGAGGGCAUCAUCAGCAACUUCGGGCAGACGCCCUGCCAGCUGCUCAAGGAGCCCCACCCCGCCCGGCUGUCGGCAGAGAGCGCGGCACGCCGGCUGGCCCAGCUCGACACCCGCUCCCCCAACGUCUUCGAGAACCUGGACCAGCUCAAGUCCUUCUUCGUGGAGGGCAUCAGCGAUGGGGUGGCCCUGGUGCAGGCCGUGGUCCCCAAGAACCAGGCCCAUUCCUUCAUCACUCAGGGAUCCCCCGACAUCCUGGUCACCGUGAGUGCCAACGGCUUGCUGGGGACCCACAGCUGGCUGCCCUACGACAAGAACAUCUCCAACUACUUCAGCUUCACCAAAGACCCCACUGUCACCAACGCCAAGACCCAGCGCUUCCUGCAGGGCCCCUUCGCCCCCGGGGCCGACCUGAGCUCCCGCACGCUGGCCGUGUCCCCCGACGGGAAGCUGCUCUUCAGCGGGGGACACUGGGACAACAGCCUCCGUGUCACCUCGCUGGCCAAGGGCAAGGUGGUGGGGCACAUCACCCGGCACAUAGAUGUUGUCACCUGCCUGUCGCUCGACCUCUGCGGCAUCUACCUCAUUUCUGGCUCGCGGGACACCACCUGCAUGGUGUGGCAGGUCCUACAGCAGGGUGGCUUUUCCAGCGGCUUGGCUCCCAAACCCGUCCAGGUGCUGUACGGCCACGACGCCGAGGUGACGUGCGUGGCCAUCAGCACCGAGCUGGACAUGGCCGUGUCCGGCUCCAAGGACGGCACCAUCAUCACCCACACCGUGCGCCGGGGUCUCUUCAUCCGCUCCCUGCGGCCGCCCGGCGAGAGUUGUCCCCCAGCCCUCCUGUCCCACCUGGCCGUGGGGCCCGAGGGGCAGGUGGUGGCCCAAACCGCCGUGGGGCAGCCCUCCUGCUGCAAGGACAGGUUUGCGCUGCACCUGUACUCGGUGAACGGGAAGCUCCUGUCCUCCGUCCCGCUGGACCGGGAGGUGACAGCCAUGUGCCUGACCGAGGACUUCGUGGUGCUGGGGACCUCGGAGUGCGGGCUGGAGAUCCGGGAGCUCCAGAGCCUCAGGGCGGCCGUGCCCCCGGUGCCCAUGCGCGUGCCCGUGCGCAGCGUGUCCGUCACCAAGGAGAGGAGCCACAUCCUGGUGGGGCUGGAGGACGGGAAGCUCAUCGUGGUGGGAGCUGGGCAGCCCGCGGAGGUGCGGCCGGGCCAGUUCCACCGGCGGCUGUGGCGCUCCACACGGCGCAUCUCCCAGGUGUCGGCCGGAGAGACGGAAUACAACCCCUCCCCCGAGGGCAGGGCCUAGGCAGGCACCCACCACCCAGCCCGGGGGUCCCGUGCCCCCCACACGGAGCGGGGGACCCCCGGGUACCGAGAGGGGCCCAGAGAGCCCCGCCCUGCCCGACAUCCGUGGCCUUAUCCAGCCCCGCUGGGGUGUCCAGCCCUCCCCGGGUUUUCGGGGGACGC